AUGGUGGUCCAUGCGCGCCUCCGUUGGCUGCACGAUCAGAUCGUCGCUGGAGUCGCCGCGCACCUCACCUUCGGAGCCGCCGCCAUCGAGGGCCGCGGUAAGGUCAAGGUGGUCCUCGACCCAGCGCGGCCGCGUACGUCGCCCACGGCGCGGGCCGUGCUUCUCAGCGCCCUGUCGGCCCUCGAGGAGCAGGCUGGACACGCUGUUGUGGUGGACCGCGGCCACCGCUUCUCCAACGGCCGCGCGAGGUCUGUUUCUGGUUCAGCGCACGCCCCGCGGCUAGCCAGACACGGGCCCGCAGCCGUGCGGCGCAGGCUGAGGUCGAUGCGAUCGACCCCGACGCCUAGCAGGAGCAGCUUGGAGCCGAGGAUGCGUCGGCAGCGCCGCCUGCGCCAGCACCAAGGGGCGGAGUCAUGGAUGGAGGUUCAGUGCAUGCUGCUGGUGUCGACGGCCAUGCCGAUGAUCGCCUUCCUGGAGUUCAUGCUACUGCUCCGGCCGUCGCUGGUCUCCCUGGAGGCGGUGAUUCUCCGGCGGCUGCGGAGCCAGCAGUGCGGCCUGACGCUGAAGUCCCUGGCGGUCAGGCGGGUCGUGAGGCACAAGGGGGCGGCGCAG